AUGAGAUCAAAUCAAAAACGUACAGUGAUAUCAGUCGUUCUCCUGUUGGAACUAUAUCACCAAGCUGAUCUGGAACCAGUUACAGUUCUAGGUGUUGGUGGAUUUGGUUGUGUAGAGCUGGUUGUUUGGAAGAAAGACAGAAGUAAAACAUUUGCAUUGAAAAGAAUGAAAAAACAACAUAUUGUACAUACGCGUCAACAGGAACACAUUUGUUCAGAAAGACAAAUAAUGCUGGAACUUCGAUGUCCAUUUAUUUGUCGCCUUUACUGUACAUAUAAAGAUAACAAGUUGUAUACAUGUUACUGGAACCUUGUUUGGGUGGGGAACUGUGGACAGUCUUAA